GAAGGGCGAACCCCAGCUUAGCCCCCUUCUGCGAUGGACGUGAAGGCCCCCAAGGGGUCCCACCAGGGUAAGAAGAGUAAGAACAGGACCGAGGAGAAGUUUGCCAGGAACUUUCCGUACAGGUUUUCCUGGCUGACGGAGACCAACGCGGAGCCCCUGCAGCCCUGGGAGGUCACGAAGAUGAGCAGCUUGCUGCGGGAGCAGCUGCCCCUGCAGAAGACGUUGGUGCCCACGAGGUCCAUCCCAGUCAGAGGGCUGGGGACCCCGGAUUUCACGCCACUGUCCAGCCUCCGGCCGCCACCGUCACCACCGAGCAACGUCUGGGAGCUGGUGCUGCUGAGCCGCCGCUUCCCCGGGUCCGCGGCCCCCCCCCGGUGCCGCCCGCACCCCCGGGGGCCCCUCCUGGAGCCCGACUCUGUGCCGCCUCUCUCCCGGCCACCCGACCCCCGGGCGCUCAGGGCAGCGGCUCCGGGAGCGCCCUUCAGGCUGAGGUGA